CAGAAAAUUUGGGGGAACCGACUCCGGCGUAGAUUUUAGGCUAAUCGCUUCUUACCAACGGUAAUAAUUUGCCGACCGACUCGCCGUGAUGGUCUCUCUAUAAAUUAGAAAGGUUUCUCGGCAUUUUUUUCCUCUGACAGAGACGAGAAGCGUCCGACUUUAAGGUGUCGCCGUCUAGUAGAGUUAGGGUUCCGGUUGCGAUGGAUGUCGGCGAACAACCCUUGAUGGUGUCCGAGGUUUGCGGAUGGUUAACUGGUACACAUUAAGUCAUCUUCUCCUUGUCGCCUCCCCUUCUUUUCCAUUUUGCUGGGUCCAUGUGGGUUUAGUUUCACGUUUCCUUCUUGGUCAGGCUAGUUCCCUUAUUUGUCCCGUGAUCUCUGUUGAUCUUUGAUGAAAUAGGCUUAGUGGGUUGAAAAGGGUCAUAAUCUCUCUCACUUUGUUGCUUCAUGAUGGUAACUUUUGCUAGUUCUUUGAUGCAAAAUUUUGUUUGCUACGUUCUUGUCAGAUUUCCAAGUUCUGCGUUAUCGAAGUUGGUUCCAGAAUCACAAAAAUUGGUAUCGCUUCAAACAAGUCGGGUUGUUAUUGCCUUUCAGGCUAGUCUGUGUUUGAAGUUAUGGAAUGCAAAUGGUGCUUCUGUGAUUUUGUUUUGUGCAGCGCAUGGUGAUGGUGCUCUGGAAUCUGGAUUUAGUUUAGGGGUUGUUUCUCCACUUUCCUGCUUGUUAAGUCUAGUUCUAGAUGGAUCUCUCAUUAGCCUGAGCAUCGACCUGUUUUAAUUUUAGUUUGAGUCCGUUUACUUCUAUGUAAUUCUGAAACACAGAUGCCCUUUCGAGAUUAUGUUGGUGUU